AUGACCGAAGCCCAUAGUGACCCCCAGGUGACCUCUGACCCCCCCCAGCCCCGUAGUGACCCCCAGGUGACCCCGGUGGUGCAGUUCAAGCAGCAGUCUCGGCUGGAGGAGAAGCGGAAGAAGGCCCUGGACCUGCAGCUCGACUUCAUCGUGGGCCAGACGGAGAAAUACUCGGACCUGCUGAGCCGCAGCCUCAACGCCCCCCGCGCCCCGCCCCCCGGGACACGCCCACCCGGCACCUGCACAGGUGACGCCACCCAAGGCCCCCCCGCUGAGGGGGGGGAGGGGCCGAGACCCCUCGGGGACCUCCUGGGGACCCUCCCCCCGCAGGCCCUGCUGAGGAGGGAGCGGGACCCUCCCCCACCCUGGGGACCCCGCGAGGACGACGACGAGUUCGCCGCCGAGGACGAGGAGGGGGAGGACGAGGAGGACACGAUCGCGGCCCAGGAGCGACUCGAGGGCGACGUCGACCACCAGCAGGAGCUCGACGACCUCGCCCGCGAGGGUGCGCUGCCGAUGGAGGAGCUGCUCCAACGUUACGCCGGCGCCUUCACCGACUCCGACUGCGACUCCGCCCCCGGCGCCAGCAGCACCCGCUCAGACUCACCUGUGCCCCUCCCACCCUCACCUGUGCCCCUCCCAAACUCACCUGUGCCCCUGCCAAACUCACCUGUGCCCUUCCCAAACUCACCUGUACCUUUCCCAAACUCACCUGUGCCCCGCCCAGACUCACCUGUGCCCCCGGGAGAGGGCGGGGCCGCCCCCGGCCCCGCCCCGGCCACGCCCAGCUCGGGCCCCGCCGGCUCCGCCCCCAAGAAGGAGAUCAGCGACAUCGCCGCCGCCGCCGAGAGCCUCCAGCCCAAGGGGUACACCUUGGCCACCACACAGGUGAAGACGCCCAUCCCCCACCUGCUGCGGGGCACGCUGCGGGAGUACCAGCACAUCGGGCUGGACUGGCUCGUCACCAUGUACGAGAAGAAGCUCAACGGGAUCCUCGCCGACGAGAUGGGGCUGGGCAAGACCAUCCAGACCAUCUCCCUGCUGGCCCACCUGGCCUGUGAGAAAGGUAGCUGGGGCCCUCACCUGAUCAUCGUGCCCACGUCGGUGAUGCUGAACUGGGAGAUGGAGCUCAAGCGCUGGUGCCCCAGUUUCAAGAUCCUCACCUACUACGGCGCCCAGAAGGAGCGGCGGCUCAAGCGCCAGGGCUGGACGAAGCCGAACGCGUUCCACGUGUGCAUCACGUCGUACAAGCUGGUGCUGCAGGACCACCAGGCCUUCCGGCGCAAGAACUGGAAGUACCUGAUCCUGGACGAGGCCCAGAACAUCAAGAACUUCAAGUCCCAGCGCUGGCAGUCCCUGCUCAACUUCAACAGCCAGCGCCGUCUGCUGCUGACGGGGACGCCGCUGCAGAACAGCCUGAUGGAGCUGUGGUCCCUGAUGCACUUCCUGAUGCCGCGCGUCUUCCAGUCCCACCGCGAGUUCCGCGAGUGGUUCCACAACCCCCUCACCGGCAUGAUCGAGGGCAGCCAGGAGUACAACGAGAGCCUCGUCAAGAGGCUGCACAAGGUGCUGCGUCCGUUCCUGCUGCGGCGGCUGAAGGUGGACGUGGAGAAGCAGAUGCCCAAAAAAUACGAGCACGUGCUCAGGUGCCGCCUCUCCAAGCGCCAGAGGUUCCUCUACGACGACUUCAUGGGCCAGGCCAGCACCAAGGCCACCCUGGCCAGCGGGCACUUCAUGAGCGUCAUCAACGUGCUGAUGCAGCUGCGCAAGGUCUGCAACCACCCCGACCUCUUCGAGCCCCGGCCCGUCCACUCCCCCCUCGUCACCCCCGGGCUCUGCCUCGUCGCCCCCGCCCUGGUCCUCAGGGCCCUGGAGCCACACCCCUUCCAGCAGGUGGACCUGUCCCCGUUCGAGCUGGUGGCCCUGGAGGGUCACCUGUCCCGUUACGCCGCCGACUCGUUCCUGCCCCGGUUCCGGGUCACCCGGCGGCUCGUGGAGGACGUGGCGGCCGCCCCCGACCCCCCCCCCAGGCCCAAACCCGUCCGGAUGAAGGUCAACAG